CGUGUCUGUGCUGUCUGUGGAAACAAAUGUUCAUGUUUUGAGACUAUUUCAUGUAGUUAUUGACAUCGCAGCUGUUCGCAGAGAGUUUCUGUUCUGUCCAGGUAUGUUUCCAGUUUCCUGUCUGCGGAUUAGAUGUUUCCAUCGAGCUGUAGUAAACCCUCCCCGGCUGAUGAAGAACCGACUGCCUGAUCCAAACGCUGGAACAGGACACUCAAGUGUGUCAACUUGCUGCCACAGGAAGGACACUUGUCACAGUAAUAUAAACUUCAGGGGACUGGGGAAAGAACGAGGAUUAUUUCACUACAAUAAUAAAAUAUUUUCGCCGAGGAGCUGCAGCACAAGUGAAGUCAAGCCGAGCUGCUGGAAAUGUAAACAACUUCUUGUCAAAACGCCUUCAUUCUUCUGCAGUUCAUGUCAAACAAUCCAGCCACCCGAGGAGAAAACGUCCUACUUCAACAUCAUGGACUGUGACUACACAUUCACUGUGGACACCCAAAAGCUGCAGACAAGAUACUUGCAGCUUCAGCGGUCUCUUCAUCCUGACAACUUCAGCCAGAAAUCUGUGAAAGAACUGGAAUAUUCAGAAAGCCAGUCUGCUCUUGUUAACAAAGCGUACGAAACUCUGCUCAAGCCUUUGAGUCGUGGUCUUUACAUGCUGGAGCUGCAGGGCAUGCAUCUGGAGGAGGGCACCGACGCUGAAGCUGAUCCAGACUUCCUGUUGGAGCUGAUGGAGAUCAACGAAGCCCUCGAUGAAGCACAGACUCCAGAAGAAGCCAGUAAGAUUGGCCAUGACACCAAAGGGAAACUCGCAGACUUGACGGUGCAGAUAGAUGCUGCCCUUCAUAAAGAAGAGCUUCAUGCUGCCAGAGCACUCCUCACCAAAAUGAAAUACUAUGCAAACAUUGAAGACAAAGUAAAGGAAAAGCUUUCUGAGUUCAU